UGUCUGAAAGGCUUUAGGCUUCACGGAAGCAUCUGUUUAUGUGAGUAUGCCUCAAGUGAACAUGCGGGGACAUGGAAAAUACCGACAAGAGUGUUACUAGUGUUGGAUUGCCGUGAAGCUAAUGACUUAUCAUAUCGGAGAUUGAACACGGUUGGAUCAUAUAUCGUUGCGUAACAGAAAUUCAACAUUUAUUCAGAGAAUGUCAACUCGCAUGGACCGUUUCAUGUAUAUUUUGGUCGUUUUGGCCUAUAAUUCUUACUCGAGUAUCUGUAUUCAGCACGAAGCCCCACGCAUAUAUCAAAACUCAGAGGUACCAACAUCACACCAAAACUUUCAGAUACGGAUGAUAGAGCUUCGCAACUUAGCCAUCAUAAAAGCCGACAUACUGAGGCGCUUAGGAAUCAUGGAUCCUCCAAUGCGUCCAACUGCUCCUCCUCUCACCACCAAACCCCCACAAAGGUCCAAGGUGAUGGCUUUUAGAUCACGCGAUAUCACCAGAAUUCUCUCAGAAUUACCAGCUACGGCCGCAGACACUCACACCAUUCAGUUUGAGUUAUCCGGCAUUUCGUCCGAUAAUCGAACGGUUAUAGACAUGGUAAAUUUACUCGUGAGACUCAAAUACAAGAAGAAAAGAAAUCAAAACAGUUUGGAUUUCCAGUCGGUCAAAUCAUCGGAUAAAAACAAGAUUGAUUUGACAAAGAAGAGCAAAAAGGACAGACGUCGAAGGCAAUUAUUGGAAAUCAAGCUUAUGGUUUCCAAUGUGACGCACGAUGGAAAACAAGGGACUGUACUCACAACGGUGAAAUCUCGCCUCAAAAAGACAAAGACCCUACAGUUAACGUUACACCCGUCAAUUCUUGUAGACGCAAUUAAUUCUGACAGCCAAACAUUGAUGUUGCACAUUACCUGCGGCGGGUGUGGGCGUCGAGCUGCCUUGAUUCUUUUACACAAACACAAAAAGCGAAAACGGGCAAAAGGCAAUAACACAGCAAGAACGUUACACAAACGACGUCCAGUUUUAUUCAUACAAACUCAUAAAAGUGUGCCUAGUUGACCAAAAUGGUCUGAUUGUAGAAGAAAGUUUGCUCAUUUUCACUACAUUUUAUCCAUUUCUAAGGUUUGAAACAUGCCAAUGCAAAUUUAAUGUUAUUGUAAGACCUUUAAAUCGAAACCUUUCAAGACAGAAAUGAACUUGAAAGCAUCAAUAUCGGUCAUAUUGAAAUGUCAACAAUUUAAGAAAUAUAUAAGUCGAAAGGGACGUGAAAAGUGGUGGUGAUUUCUAGAUUGUAUUUGUUUAGGCUAAGUUUAUAAAAUUACAGUUUAUAAUGAAAUAUUCAAAGUUGUUUGCACAACGGAAAUUGUAAAAAAUACUAAUCGUUAUUUCCAGAAUAUUAAUUUUAGGAAUGUUCCCGCAUACCUUUAUUUCCUUUAUAUUCUCCUUAUUUUACUGUUACUAUUUUAAUAUUCAUGCGAAGUGUAUGUAAUAAUAUUCAGAUUUUUCAAGGUUUUGUUAUUAAACAUUCGUUUUGAACAGAAUUGUUUCAUGCUGGUCUCUAAUUAAUCACAUUGUCGUGUUAUUGCCUGAUAUGAAAUGUGAUUUUGCUUAAAGUUUAUCGUCAGUUCAACAAUAUUUAUUUAUUUAAAUAUUUAUUUAAUUAAAAGAGUUGCUUUAAUUAAAAAUUGUGUCUUGUCUGUGUUUGUAGGGUUUAAGAAUAAAAUAAUAUCUGGUGUCGUUUUUCUCUGUACACAUGUACACAUGUACAAGGUAUUUAUUCAUUUACCAAACUAUGUUAGACGAACGGUGUAUAUAGUAUUGCAUCUUGUAGACAAGAUAAAAAGAUAAGAAAGACAGUUCCACGUCCAAUUUACUAUCUGACUGCACAAUUUUAUAUGCGAUGAUUUAAUAACUUGAUGAAUAAACAUUUUACAACAUAAGUGGUAUUAAAAUCAGUGCUCAGCCUAACAAACCUUACUAUCUGAAUUAUUUUCUAAUUCAGUUAAAAAAUAAAUUAAAAUUCGGUAACCUAUUAAACUAGUAUAUAAUGCAACUAAUAUUCACACUAUACAUUUCGAUACUAGAAACUAGCUGCACGCCAAUGAACUCUAGCUAUUAAACUGUCAUAAGAACAAUUCUCUAUUCCAAUCAUAUAUCACCUACAAUUAUUUUAUGUAUUAAAAAUGCCAUAAUUAACUCCUAAUAAAUGGAAACACGUUGCAAAUAUGCACAGUUG